AUGGCCAUGGAGGACUACAGGGCUCUUAGAAGAGAGCUCACCAACCGAUCCAGGACUAGCGCACAUCAAUCAUUGGGCCGCAAGCAAUCUGGAAGAUCUAGAAGACAAAGCACAGCUACCAGUGGCGUAGACGAAGAGUCUGAGAUAGGGGGAAACACCGAGGCUCAGGGCAAUGACGAGGACGAGUUUCAGCUCGAAGGCUUCAUGAGAGAAGGUCACCUUGGCCAGCGCAAGGGUGAUAAAUCGGCCAAAAAGGUUGGUGUUGUCUACAAGAACCUCACCGUCAAGGGUGUCGCAGCCGGUGCCACCUUCGUCCGCACCCUGCCCGACGCCGUCAUGGGCACAUUUGGACCGGAUCUCUAUCACUUGCUCUCCCGGUUCCUCCCCUUCCUCCGAUCGAAGAACGGCGACCUGAAGACACUCAUCAACGACUUCUCGGGUGUUGUAAGAGACGGAGAGAUGAUGCUGGUUCUGGGAAGACCUGGCUCUGGUUGCACGACCUUCCUCAAGGCUAUCGCCAACAACCGCGAAGGCUAUGCGCAAGUCGAUGGCGAUGUCUCGUACGGCGGUAUCCCUGCAGAUAAGCAGAGAAAGAUGUACCGUGGUGAGGUCAACUAUAACAUGGAGGACGACGUCCACUUCGCUACCCUCAACGUGUGGCAAACAUUCAUGUUCGCCCUUUUGACAAAGACCAAGAAGAAGGCCAAGGGUGAUAUCCCACUCAUUGCCGACGCUUUGAUGAAGAUGUUCGGUAUUAGCCACACAAAGAUGACCCUUGUUGGUGACGAAUACACCAGAGGUGUCUCAGGAGGUGAACGUAAGCGUGUCUCAAUCGCGGAAACACUGGCAUCAAAGAGUACCGUGGUCUGCUGGGACAACUCAACACGUGGUCUUGAUGCGUCGACCGCGCUUGACUACGCCAAGUCUCUUCGCAUCAUGACCGAUGUCAGCAACAGAACCACUCUUGUUACCCUCUAUCAAGCAGGUCAAGGCAUUUACGACCUCAUGGACAAGGUCUUGGUCAUUGACCAAGGUCGCUGUAUCUUCACUGGACCUGCUGCAGCCGCUAAGCAAUACUUCAUCGAUCUAGGCUUCGAGUGCCCCGAGAGGCAGACUACCGCCGACUUCCUGACUGCUAUUACCGACCCCGUCGAGAGAAAGUUCAGAGAAGGCUGCGAAGCUAGCACCCCAAAGACACCUGUCGAGCUGGAGCGCGCUUUUCGCGAGUCCUCGUUCUUCAGCCGUAACCAGCAAGACGUCGAAGCCUACGAGCAACAUCUUCAGCAGACUAACCAUGAGGAUGCUAAAGAGUUUGAGGAAACUGUUCAGGCUGGCAAGUCGAAGACCGUUACCAAAAAAUCGCCAUACACCGUCAGUUACAUCCGCCAAGUGUUGGCUUGUACUCAACGUGAGUUUUGGCUGCUCUGGGGAGACACCACAACUCUGUACACGAAGGUUUUCGUCAUCAUUGCGAACGGUCUUAUUGUUGGCUCACUCUUUUAUGGACAAUCUCUCGACACCGAUGGCGCCUUCUCUCGUGGUGGUUCCCUCUUCUUCUCCAUCCUCUUCCUUGGUUGGCUCCAGCUUACUGAGCUGAUGAAGGCUGUCAGUGGGCGUGCUGUGGUCGCUCGUCAGAAGGAAUAUGCCUUCUAUCGUCCUUCCGCUGUCAGUGUUGCCCGCGUUAUCGCUGACUUCCCUGUCAUUCUGGUACAGGUCUGUCUGUUCACCGUCAUCAUGUACUUCAUGACAAACCUGGACGUCGAUGCCGGCAAGUUCUGGAUCUACUUCCUUUUCGUCUACGUCAACACCAUCUGUAUCACCGCUCUGUACCGUAUGUUCGCAAGUUUAUCGCCAACCAUCGAUGACGCCGUUCGUUUCUCUGGUAUCGCGCUGAACUUGCUCAUCAUUUACACUGGCUACGUUAUUCCCAAGACUCAAUUGCUCAACAAUUAUAUCUGGUUCGGUUGGAUUUACUACAUUAACCCUAUCUCAUACUCCUUUGAGGCUGUGUUGGCCAACGAAUUCUCUGACCGUACAAUGGCUUGUUCCCCGGACAAUCUGGUUCCUCAAGGUCCGGGUAUUGAUCCAGCUUUUCAGGGCUGUACUUUGACUGGUGCCGCAGUCAACGCCCGAUCUGUCAACGGUGCAGACUAUCUCCAGACGCAAUACACUUACACACGUGCCCAUCUAUGGCGCAACUUCGGAGUAGUCAUUGCUUUCACUGUUCUUUAUCUUCUCGUUACUAUUGCUGCCACUGAGCUGUUUAGUUUCGCUGGAAGCGGAGGUGGUGCUUUGGUUUUCAAGAAGUCCAAGAAGGCAAAGCAGCAGGUCAAGCAAGCCGGUACUUCCGACGAGGAGAAGGUUGGAUCAGAGAGUUCUAGCGACACUGCUGUUGGUGGAUCAACUGGCGAAAAGGAAGAGCAAGAGGCUCUCGACUCUAUCGUAAAGAGCGAAAGCAUUUUUACCUGGAGAGACGUUGAGUACACUGUCCCAUACCAGGGCGGUGAGCGUAAGCUUCUCAACAAGGUCAACGGAUACGCUAAGCCCGGUCUCAUGAUUGCCCUCAUGGGAGCUUCUGGUGCUGGUAAGACUACUCUCCUGAACACUCUCAGUCAAAGACAGAAGAUGGGCGUUGUCCAGGGCGAGAUGUUCGUCGAUGGCAGACCGCUUGGUAAGGAGUUCCAACGCAACACUGGUUUCUGUGAACAGAUGGAUCUUCAUGACGGCACAUCGACUAUCAGAGAAGCGCUCGAAUUUUCUGCCAUCCUGCGCCAGGACCGUAAGGUUCCGCGUGCAGAGAAGAUCGCAUAUGUCGACAACGUCAUUGACUUGCUUGAGCUUAACGACAUGCAAGACGCACUCGUCUCAUCCCUUGGUGUUGAACAGCGUAAGCGCCUGACAAUUGGUGUUGAGCUUGCUGCCAAGCCUUCGCUAUUGCUCUUCCUGGAUGAACCUACCAGUGGUCUCGACUCUCAAAGCGCAUACAGCAUCAUUCGCUUCUUGAAGAAGCUGACUGCUGCUGGCCAGGCCAUUGUUUGCACUAUUCACCAGCCCUCGUCUGUCCUGAUUCAAGAGUUCGACAUGGUCCUCGCUCUCAACCCUGGAGGUAACACAUUCUACUUCGGACCAAUUGGUGAGAAUGGUAAGGAUGUUAUCGAGUACUUCGGUGCUCGUGGCGUGAAAUGCCCUCCUGCAAAGAAUGUUGCCGAAUUUCUACUAGAGACCGCCAUCAAGCCACGCAAACGAUCAGAUGGCACCAAGAUUGACUGGAAUGAGGAAUGGCGGAACAGCAAGGAAGCACAGGCAGUCAUCGAAGAGAUCGACGGCCUCAAGCGUCAGAGAAGCAAAUCGGUUCACGAAAAGCACAACGAAAAUGAAGAAACAGAAUUUGCUGCACCUGUGUGGCUGCAAACUACCAUGCUUACCAAGCGUGUCUUUACUCAAUACUGGCGCGAUCCUUCGUAUCUAUACGGAAAGCUCUUUGUUGCUGUCGUCGUCGGUAUCUUCAACGGUUUCACCUUCUGGCAAUUGGGCAACUCUAUCCAGGACAUGCAGAAUCGCAUGUUCACAGCGUUUUUGAUCUUGACCAUUCCCCCUACUGUUGUCAAUGCCGUAGUACCUAAGUUCUACCAGAACAUGGCAUUGUGGCAGGCCAGAGAACUUCCCUCGCGUAUCUAUGGCUGGUUCGCGUUCUGUACUGCCAUGAUCGUCGCUGAGAUCCCUAUCUCGAUCGUCAGUGCCGUUCUUUACUGGGUUUUAUGGUAUUGGCCCACGGGUCUGCCAACAGACAGCUCCACUUCAGGAUACACCUUCUUGAUGGUCCUCCUCUUCUUUCUGUUCCAGAGCAGUUGGGGCGAGUGGAUAUGCGCGUUUGCGCCGAGCUUUACAGUCAUCUCGAAUGUUCUGCCGUUUUUCUUCGUCAUGUUCUCACUUUUCAACGGAGUCGUUCGACCUUACGCUUCCCUUCCCGUAUUCUGGCGCUACUGGAUGUACUACAUCAACCCUUCGACCUGGUGGAUUAGUGGUGUUCUCGCCAAAACACUGGACGGUAUCCCCGUCCAGUGUACCGUCAGCGAGACUGCUAGAUUCAACGUACCAGGUGGUCAGACCUGUCAAAGCUAUGCUGGUGCCUUUGCGUCCUCGGCUGGUGGCUACAUUCUUAACCCAGAUGCUACAGCUGACUGCCAAUACUGCCCUUACGAAUAUGCCAACGGUUACUUGGCCAGUCUUAACAUCCAGGCUGGCGAUGCCUGGAGAGACCUCGGUAUCUUCUGCAUCUUCGUCGUCUCCAACUGGGCUCUGGUCUAUUUCUUUAUCUACACUGUCCGCAUCAAGGGCUGGACCUUCGGAUUUGGACCCCUUUUCGGUGCUCUGGGCAAGCUUGUUGGACUCAUCAAGAAGCCCUUCCAGAGCAAGAAGAAGGAGUAA